AUGUCUGACGUGCAGCACACUCUGCUGGACACUUUAGGCACAGAUAUUGCGAGAAACUGUCCAAGCAAAGCAGAACAGGUCAUCAUUCAGCUUCUGUGUCAACACCAUGAGACAACACCAGCACAGGCCCUACUUGUUCUGAACACAAUCCGAUUUAACGGAAUCGUUACGAGAGAGAUGUUUCGGUAUCUUUUGCUUGGCCAUCUCUUCAUAGUUGGUGUUGAAUCUACCUGUGUUUCUGUCCACUGUCUGAGAUGUAGCCCCACACCAGAUUCUUGUCCGAGCUGCCAAAACACGUCGUGCAUUGUUGAUUAUGCCAAUGUGACAUCAAACUGUACAAAAGACUUCCAGGUAUCUGUCACCAGCAGUUCAACUAACAUAAAUGAGGGUGAUGACGUCACGCUAACGUGCACCCAUAACCUUCACAAUUUGAAUGUGACGUUUGGGUGGAAGAAGGACAGGGUGGAACUGCAGGAAAACCAAAGCCAGCUGCUGUUCCAAAAAGUGCUCAAGUCCGCCAUAGGCCCGUACUCGUGCUAUGUGAACAGCUCAUGUGGCAGUUACUCGUCUUCACCACACACUGUCACUGUAAUCAACAACAGUGUGUACGUGCUGGCCAUCUGCGGCGCUGCAGCUUUGGUUCUGAUUCUGGUGAUGAGUGUGAUAAUGAAGUUCAAGCUGAAGAGAGAAAACGAAAAACACAGAGAAAGGAUGGAGCGGAGGGCUCAGGUGCCCCCGUCCUAAACGAGUCCUAAAUGGGGAUAUCACAUUCCAGCUGAAUGAAUCUGAUGAAUAUUGAA